UUCUUUUUUUUUUCCUUCUUCUUUUUCCCUACUCAUCUUUUGUGCCCAAACCCCAAAGCCCCACAUCUGGCAACCCUGUUUCAUCCACCGCCUUUACCUUAAACGGUUCAGUGGCGUACGUAUUUCCCUGCGUUUGUAUUUAUGGAACUGCACCCACUGGAGUAAUUGAAGGGAGACGCAGGCACCUCAACUCUUGCACGAUUACAAAAUAACAAAUUUAAUUAAGAUGGUGGGCAACAGAGGAAGAGAUCUCCUCCUUCUUCUCCUCCUCCUCCUCCUCCUCACGGCUCUCUUAUCACUUUCCUCCUCCGCCAGUAUCCACGCUGCGAAGAUCAGUAUUUCUGCAGAUAUGCAAGACGAUUCGGGAAGAAACGUAGCACAUGCCGAGAGAAGAACCUUAAUAUUUGGAGGCCGCACCGGCGGAGGCGGAGGCGGAGGCGGAGGCGGUGGCAGCGCACGUGGCGGGGGCAGUGGAGGUGGCAGCAGCAGUGGCGGUAGCAGUGGCAGAUCAUUCGGUGGUGGUUUUGGUAGUGGAAGCAGCUCAAGAGGAUCACCUCGUGGCAGCGGCGGUGGCGGCGGGGGAAGAACACGCGGCGGCAUCAUACCGGUGGUGACAGGAGCGACCGACGACUCCCACGGGCAUCGAGAGCACAAUGCAGCAGCUACUGCUGGUUCUCGCGGCUGCUUUGUUGUGGCUUUUUUCUGCUGCUUUCUUGCUGCUGCUGCUGCUGCUGUUCUGAGGUUUCUGUAGGAUUUAGCCUGUCAUUACUUGGAUAUACUAGUGUUUCUUUUUUUCUUUUUUUGGUUUUGUAAAUAAGUGGAUAUAUGAUCAGUUUUGAUAGGUUAGAGAUGUAUACCAUUGUUUCCUUUGUUGGGAAACUUGAUGGUUUUGGUUAAUG